AUGGAUACGACGGCUGUCAGCGGACCUUCUGUCCAAUUCAAACAGAACGACACACCACAUCCUGAGCAUCUUACAGCAGAACUAUUCAAAAAGCAUAAGAAGCUGCUCCAAAAGAAAGUAGCUUUUGUGGAAGAGGAAAGAAAUAUGUGGGAACAUUCAAAAGCAAUUCUUGCUCAAAAUAUCGAUGAUGAAGAAAAUUUGAAGCAGUCACGUCAAGCGUGCAAAGAAAUUUCAAAACAACUUCAUCGCAAUGCCAAAAAUCUUCAGUUGGUUGAAAUGCGUUUUCGGACUGUUUCAGAGCUCAUCAAGACAACCAUGGAUACAGUGCAGGUGACGAGCAAUGUCAAUAACUUCAACGUCGAGACUCUCACAUCCCGCUUUCAGGCUCUCAAAAUUCGCGCUGAAAACGAUUGGAAAUCUUUGCAGGAAAAAUUAGAGCGAAUCGCGGGAAUUGAUAAUGCUUUAUUUGAACUGCAAAGUAGCCUAAAUCAUUUAUUACGUCAUAGAAGCCUGGAAGAACGAACUGAACGUCUGCGAAAGAUGCGAGAUGAUAUAGAAAAACUGUUGAGAAUGGAACAGGAGGAGUUGCUAAAUCAUGUUACGCUUUUGAAAUCGAAUCUUGAAAUCAAAAAUUCCGCAAACAAGAAACUUAAACAACAGUCUCGUGAGGUGGAAGCGGAGUUGGAGAACAUAUUAUCGACUGAUAUCGAAAAUUUGGAUGGAAUUAUGAUAGAGGAGAAAGAGCUACAACAACAACUUCACCAAUGUUCUCAAGAAUGUGAUGAAGCUGUUAUUGAAUUAUCGAAUUUGAAUGAGGAAAAUGGAAAAAUUGUGAAUAAAGAACGGUUGCUUGAUGAAAAAAUUAUCGUCUUGAAAACAGAAUUGGAGAAUCUAACAACACUUAAGAGAGAUGAUCCUGAAAUUAUUUCUUUGCAGUAUAAAAGUAUUCGGGAAAAUCUACAGGUAAAAAUAAGUGAAAAAGUCAGUACUUUGCAAGACGAAGCCAAACAAGUGCAAACAGAAUUAAACAGUGGAGAAAAUGAACAUGCUUCUUUAAUGAUAUUUCUUGGUGAUGAGCAGCACGACUGGUCAAAGGAGAUUGAAGCUGCCAUUUGCAACCGAUUGGAAAUGGAAACCAAUGCUCUUCGUGAAAGCAAUAAGGCAGAAAUGAUGCAGUAUGAAAUUGAAAUUAACAACCUUCAGAAGUAUCUCGAGAAACUAAUUGCCAAGGAGAAAGAGGAAAAGAAACGUUAUGAAAUGAUUCGUAGUCAAGCAGCAACUAUUCGUUCUGAAAAACAUGCAUAUUCACAGGAUGGCGAGGCGAAAGUUCACUCCCUUUGGUACAGUGAAGUUUGUAACCCGGACACUACUAACUUUGGAGAGCCAUCAUCAGAUGAUUUUAAUCGAGAUGCGGUUUCGUGGCUUACUACAACUGAUAAUAUGACAAGCGUAUUGUUUGAUAAAGCAAGUUUUGGAGGUGGAGUGUUGGUGAGGAAAUUUGGAGAUGAAUUUGCUGUAGAUUCGGAGGGAACGGGAAAAAUCCCAAGUGAUAUUCAUAUUAGUAGAAUGGAUAAGGCUGAUUCAAGUGCUGUUAAAGUAGUUAAAGCGGAUGCAAAUUUAGGAGAGUACUACCCGCUACCACCAUCUGCCUUUGGAAGCCCGCUGUCAGGAAAUGACUCACGAGAGGUUACAACAGAUUGCGAAAUUAGCGGUUCUGAGUUUGAUCAAAGUAUCUGGUCAGAUUUUUCAUCAGUGGUGAAAUAA